AUGGAUUCCCAACGUUCUUACGAUUUGUUAGUGAAAGGCAUUCAGUCCAUCGAUGUCACGGGAGAUUUCAAUCCAUGUAAGCUUUUGCUCACAGGAGACCGAGCCCAGCCGGUGCUUAAGGAUUCAAAGGGGCAAGUUCUCAUAGCUGCAGCCCAAUAUGGGAAAGGACGGAUGGUGGUCACUGCGCAUGAAGCCAUGUUAAAGCUUCCCCAGUUCUUGCUGUUCGUUAAAAAUGCUCUGGAUUGGCUCAAACCUUCCCCAACAGCAGUCGUCGGAGUCCACAGAAGACUGGAUGACCUCUCCAAGUUGCUCCACUGUAGUGGUAUUAAAGUGUGUCCCGAUGCAACACUUGAGGACUCUCCUGGGGUCUUCUGCAGAGAUGCCUAUGAUGAUAUGCAGGCUGAUGAUCUUGUGCAGUUCGUAAAGAGAGGUGGUGGACUGCUCAUUGGUGGCCAGGCCUGGCACUGGUCAUAUCGCUAUGGGGAGGAAGCAGUCCUUGAUCAUUUUCCUGGAAAUCUGGUGACCAGUGUGGCUGGAGUGUAUUUCACUGCCACUGUGGGAGAACAUGGGAUCUUUCCCAUCUCUGAAAUAAUAUGGAAGGAUCCUGUUAUCACCCAAUCAACAAAUACCUCCAUCAACAGCCAACAUGCUUACAAUUCUCUAUUGCGAGGCAUUCAGUCCAUCGAUGUGACAGGGGACUUCAAUCCUUGUGAACUUUUGCUCACAGGAGACCAAGCCUUCCCAGUGCUUGUAGGUUUGAAUGGGCAGAUUCUGAUUGCUGCAGCUCAAUAUGGGAAAGGCCGCAUGGUGGUCACUGCCCAUGAAGCCAUGAUACAGCUUUCCCAGUUCUUACCAUUCAUUAAAAAUGCUCUGGAGUGGCUCAGGCAUUCCCCAAUGACACACAUAGGUGUCCAUAGAAGCCUGGAUGCCCUCUCCAAGUUGCUCCUCAGUAAUGGCAUUAAAGUUGAUCCAGAUGCAACACUUGGGAACUCCCUUGGAGUAUUCUGCAGAGAUGCCUACGAUAGUGCACAGGCUGAUGACCUUGUGAAGUUUGUACAGAGAGGUGGGGGUCUGCUCAUUGGUGGCCAAGCUUGGUACUGGUCAUAUCAACAUGGGAAGGAGGCAGUCCUGGCUCAAUUUCCUGGAAACCUAGUCACCAGUAAGGCUGGAGUGUAUUUCACUGCCAAGGAGGGACAAAAUGGGAUCUUUUCUGUCCCUGAAAAAAUAGGGAAUGAUCCCAGCACCACCCAACCAACAAAUAGCCCGAUCCAUAUCCAAUAUGAUUACAGUUCUCUGUUGCAAGGCAUUCAGUCCAUCGAUGUCACGGGAGAUUUCCAUCCUUGUGAACUUUUGCUCACAGGAGAUCAACCCUUCCCACUACUUGUGAGUUCGAAUGGGCAGGUUCUGAUUGCUGCAUCCCAAUAUGGGAAAGGCCGAAUGGUGGUCACUGCCCAUGAAGCCAUGAUACAGCUUCCCCAGUUCUUACCGUUUAUUAAAAAUGCUCUGGACUGGCUCAAGUCUUCUCCAAUGGCUCUCAUAGGAGUCCACAGAAGCCUGGAUGCCCUCUCCAAAUUGCUCCUCAGUAAUGGAAUUAAAGUUCAUCCAGAUGCAACACUUGAGGACUCUCCUGGGGUCUUCUGCAGAGAUGCCUAUGAGGAUGUUCAGGCUGAUGAUCUUGUGAAGUUUGUGAAGAGAGGUGGUGGACUGCUCAUUGGUGGCCAAGCUUGGCACUGGUCAUCUGAACAUGGGAAGGAGGCAGUCCUGGUUCGUUUUCCUGGAAACCUGGUGACCAGUGUGGCUGGAGUGUAUUUCACUGGCAAUGUGGGAGAAAAUGGUGUUUUCUCUGUGCCUGAAAAAAUUCCCAGGAUUCCGCUCAUCACUGAACAUGGAUUAGAUAUACAAAGGGAUUUACUGAUUCUUCUGAAUGGAGUGGACAGAUUCAAUGUAAAGGGCGAUGACCCCCACAGUCCACUGUUACCAUCUCCCUUGCUUAUCCAUGGAGCCUUGGCAUUUCCAGUUGGCAUAAGUGAUACCUACCACUCCUUCCUGGCAGCUGCAUAUUACGGUCGAGGACGCAUUGUAGUUGCCUCUCAUGAAGGCUUACUCAACAUAUCAUCAAUGAAAUCUUUCCUCCUCAAUGCCAUCAGUUGGCUUUCUUCUAGAAAGGGAAGCAAGGUGGGCAUUGGAGACAGCUUACAGGAACUUUACUCCAUGCUAAACCAAGCAAAGAUUCCCUGUGAGCUAACCAACUUUAAGGAAGGCCUAGGCAUAUACUGUUGUACAGCCUAUGAUGCCAAAGAGAUGGGAAGCAUCCAUGAAUUUGUCUCUGAAGGAGGAGGACUCCUAAUUGGAGGUCAAGCUUGGUAUUGGGCUUCUGUGAAUCCCGAUUCCAGUACUAUUGCAGAAUAUCCAGGAAAUAAGAUCCUGAAUAAGUUUGGAAUUGGGAUUGUUGGAAAAUAUAUUGACAUUCCUGAAAACAGCUGUCCUGUUGGAGAGGCCAAUGAAAUAGCUUCCACUUAUCAUUUCCGGAAAGCAUUCUUGAAGUUCAAGGAACAUAUUCGAAAUGAGCAGAUUCUACAACCACCAUAUUCGUUGUGGCUCCAGAAGUUGGUGCAAGACAUUGCGAUAUUCCUUGAGAUCCCAACUAUGAACUCCCGUCCUUUCUCUUCAGUUCAUGAAGAAGCUCUAGAGUUGGUUCAGAUUAAAGGGAUUCCUGAGGUCAGUGAACAUAACCCAAUCCAAGCUAAUUCAGAUCAAGCCAUCUUACUUCAAAUACCUUCUGUGCUCUAUAAUGUUCUACCAGAGUUUCAAGGCUUAGUACCCAGCCUGAUGCCAAAUGAUCCAAACUCUUAUCCUACAGCACCUCCUCAAAACAUUCAAGUUAACGGAAGCAAUACAGGAAAUGAAGCUUGGAGAAGCACUGGCAUGUAUGCUCCCCCAGCAUCAACGGUCACUUUAUUAUUCCCAGCCUCCACCCUCAAUGCAAAAUUGCAGGUGCAGAUUGGGUGCCACACUGAUAGUUUAGUUAAUCUUCAGGAAUGGAAGCGUCCUCCAGUAGUGACAAGGCGAUUUAAGGUGCAGACUGAGAAGAUGGAGAUCUCCAGUUUGUGGGGAGGCCUCCUGUACAUCAUUGUACCAGAGAACUCUUCAUUGGGCUACUUCUCUGUCACCAUCGAAGGGGCCACCCAGGCUCCUUAUUUCAAGCAUGGUGAAACCAGCAUCCAGGAUUGGCAAGAUAUUAUCCGCCACUAUCCCGCUCCCUGGGCAGAACUUGAAACCGAAAAUAUCAUCCUCACACUGCCAUCGGAUGCUAUACGUAGUCAUGAUGGGAUUGAUUUCCUACUCCAGACGUGGGAUCAGAUGAUGAGGGCCAUCACCCAGUUAGCAGCCAUCCCUUUUAUUUUUCCCAGACCAGAGAGGAUUGUGGCAGAUGUUCAAAUAUCAGCAGGUUGGUUGCACGCUGGCUAUCCAGUCAUGAGUAAUGUGGGGGCCGUGCCUAGCAUCAUAGAUGUGCAAGAUUUCUACGCCAAAGGAACCUGGGGCCCAAUCCACGAACUGGGUCACAACCAGCAGAAAAGUGGGUGGAAUUUCCCACCCCAUACCAAGGAAGCCACCUGCAACCUCUGGUCUGUUUACGUCAAUGAGACCGUGCUGAGCAUCUCCCGAGAAAUAGCCCACUCAGAGCUUCAACCGCAUGCAAGAAAGGAGAGAAUUGAGAACUACAUUAGAAAUGGAGCUAAUCUGAAUGACUUUGAAAUGUUCACUGCACUUGAACCCUAUUUGCAGCUGCAGGAAGCCUUUGGUUGGGAUUCCUACAUUCACAUUUUAGCGAAAUACCAAACCAUGAGCAACAUCCCAGAUGACAACCGAUACAAGAUGAACCUGUGGGCAGAAACCUUCUCUCAGGAAGUCAACAGAAACCUGGCUCCUUUCUUCAAAACCUGGGGGUGGCCCAUUGAGGACAGUAUCUCCGAGAAUCUGGCCUUAAUGUACCCCACCUGGGCAGAGGAUCCCAUGAUACAUUAUCGGUUCUUUUGAAGGACCAGAAUCCAAGAUCAUCCUCAUCAGAGAACACUGGAAUUGGGGAGAUGUAUUACUCAAAACUGAGUCUGAUAAUUUGAAUGAUUUUUUUUUUUUAUUUAGCUGUUGCACAUGGAGGAUUUCCAUGUGCAACACAAAUCUCUUUCUUAGAGGACUGGUAAACUAUUUGCUAGCAAUAUGAGGCCAAAAGUAAAGAGAACCUUAUAUUUUCAUUAUAAUCUCCAAUAUUCUGUUAAAUUUAGUUCCCAAAUUGGCAUUUCCUGUAUUUUUCACAAAGAACUCUCUCUAAUGAUGCCACACAUUUGAAAUGAUGAUUAUUAAGCUCUU